UGAAGUCUUGAUUGAACGCUGAACAGACUGUGCAGGCAGUAUCCUAAACUUUUUUUGAUUGUUUGCAAUUUGUUGAAUCUUGUUCCAACCUUUCAGUACGCACAUGUAGAUCAUUAGUAACCUUCAGCCUUAUGGACGCCAGAAGUGUUUUAUUCUGUGCAUGUAUUUUGCAUUUGGCGGCAUUAGCCUCUGCCCAGCGUGUUCGUCUUUGUGCCGAUAAAACCUGUCGAGAUGUAAUCUCCGAAGCAGUUGCCUUGGAGGACUCGUCAGUUGUUCAUGACAGGUAUUUGAAGUUCAAGAAAGGUGAUGUGAUUCAAGUGCUAAGUAAAAUCAGUGGAGGUAACCAAGAGCUUUGGGAAGGCAAGGUUGGAGAUGGAGCAAGUUCUUAUUUCCCCGCUAGUGCGGUGCAAGAAACAAGGCAGAUUGCUGAGCCUCGACCGCAAACUGAGCUGGAAGACUUAUGGCGAACCGAGCAACAGAAAACCGUAAGAAUGCAGCAAGACCAGGCGAACCCUUCCCAACCAGCUGGUGACGGCAGCAGAUUGCCAGGUGUUCCGCAGUCCAAUCUCCCACCACAUUCUCCACCAGCUCAACAGCAAGGAACUGAUCCAGACAUGCAGCAGAUGCACCGUCAACACCAACCUGCUCAAGAUCAGCCCAGCUUGCACACAAACACACAGCAGCAGCCUAACCUGCAGCAGCAGCAGCAGCAGCACCACCACCAACAUCAAGAACAACAAGUACGUCAACACCAACAGCAUCAUCAGCAAGAUGUACCUCAACCGCAGCAGCAGCAACAGCAGCAACAGCAGGUACAACAACAACAACCUCCACAGCACCAGCAGCAACAACAACAACCACUACAUCAACAACAUCAGCAGCAACAGCAGCAGCAACAAAAUGAGCAACAGCAUCCACCCCCACAGCAGCAGCUACAUCAGCAACAACAACUUCAUCAACAACAGAACCUUCGUCAACAACAGCAGCUACAUGAGCAACAACAACUACUUCAACAACAGCAGCGACAACAACAACAACAACAACAACAACAACAACAACAACAACAACAACAGCAACAGCAGCAGCAACAACAAGGGCUGAAUCCACCAGGUCAUGUUCCACAACAUCAUGGCGGACAAACUCAUCACACAAAGCCUCUGCAUGAAUCUCCUCCAGUACCAGUGGCUCACAACCAACAGCAGGAACCUCAGCAGCAGCAGCAGCAGCAGCAACAACAUCCUGGUUUAUCACGGUCUGCACAAAUCAACGGCCGGGAGUUUCCAGCUGAAGGUUCUCAGAACAAGAUUGCAGAGCCUGCACAAGCUGCCGUCCCGACACAAGACACUGAAGUACGUACCCCGGAGUCAAAUACUGGAGAAAGGCAGCCAUCAGCCGUGAAUUAUGAUGCUCAGACUACAGCUUCUUUUACUAGUGAACAACAGGACGGAAAAACGGACGUGCCGGUUGAUAAUGUUCCACUGCAAGUUCGACAAUGGAGAGCUAACGGUGGUGAUCCAGAGCAUGCUGCAACACAGGGAGACCCAAGUCAAGUCGAUGAUCCAGAGCAGGUGGAUGAUGGUGCGCUGGACAAGGAUUCUGCUGCAGCUGGUGCUGACACCAAGUCCGAUCUUGGUCAUGAUUCUAUUAGCCAGGAAGCAAUCGAUCCCACCCUCCCGCCUAUAGUAGGCGACAGCACAGAUUCAAAUACUGCUGAAUCUGACCCAGCCCACCAUACUGGUAGCCAGCAAGCAUUUGAUCCCACUACCCAUCCUACAGUUAAUGACGAUGCUGGUCCAACCGAGGCUACUCCUGCUGGAUCCGACCCUGCUACUGAUGUCGCCAGCCAGGAAUCAGGUGAUCCCACUGCCCUACCUGUCGCUACUAACAAUGCUGAUCCGAUCAAGGCUACUGCUGAAUCCGACACGCAUAAUGUAGAGAACCAGGAAUCAGUUAAUCCUGCUAACCCAUCCACUGUCACGGACAAUGGUGCGGAAGAAGUGAAGCAGGAGCCUACCGCAGUUCCACCAGCACCAACAGCACUACCUGAUGCAGCCACUGAAGGUGGCCAGCCUGAUUGGCGGCAACAAGACAUAAGUCAGCAGCAACAGCUCCUAGAAAAACUGAAGGAAGAGCGUCUUCAAGCUGAAAGGAAACUUGUUGAAGAGAAACGCUUGCAGGAACAGGUGCGCUUGCAGGAGCAGGCACGCAUGCAGGAACAGGCACGCAUGCAGGAGCAGGCACGCAUGCAGGAACAGGCACGCAUGCAGGAACAGGCACGCAUUCAGGAACAGACACGCAUGCAGGAGCAGGUACGAAAUGAUCAACCCGUUCAGCCUACAGGAUCUGCCCUGUUUGCCAAAAUGCAAGCAAAAUUCGCUGCCGAAAAGAGUGCUCGAGAAGGUGACGGCCAGACUGAUGACGUUGACCAGCUUGCGUCAUCUACCGUCGACUCUAGGUCUGAAACGCCACCUGUUGAUCCCUCUCUGCCUACUCAUACACCCACGAGUUCUGAGGACAGCAGGCUCACUGGUGAGACAGGUGUUUCUGGUGGUGUGAGUGCUGAUGGUUUGGCUGGCAAUGCCGCUGGUGAAUCACACGCACAGGUUCCACCGCCUGCUGAAGAUACGCCCAGAGAAGGUGCGGAUGACCAUCACGAUGAUGCCGAUGAAGCAGACUACCAUGAUGAUGAUGAGGAGGAGAAGGAGGAUUUUGAUGGGGAUGGUGGCUUUCAAGCAGAUGCGUCCGGCACUGCAGCACCUCCUCAGGAACCAGUCGAUAGUUUGGCAACUGAAGCUGGUGAUGGUGCCGGUCCCGCCGAUGUGCCACCAGCUGCCAGUGAAAUGGCUGAUUCUGGUGAGUUGAAUACCGUGCAGGGUUCACCAGAAACUGAUGAACACAACGCUAGAGAAGAGCCAGCUGAUGUUCCACUCGCUCACGAUCAUAUGCAACGAGUAGAGGACAGGCAGGAACACGAGCAGCAAGGACACGAGCAGCAAGGACACGAGCAGCAAGGACACGAGCAGCAAGGACACGAGCAGCAAGGACACGAGCAGCAAGGACACGAGCAGCAAGGACACGAGCAGCAAGGACACGAGCAGCAUGGACACGAGCAGCAAGGACACGAGCAGCAAGGACACGAGCAGCAAGGCCACGAGCAGCAGAUAGAGAGAGAACAACAAGAGAGCGACCAAAGAGAAGGCGACGAGUCACAACACACUGAACAACAACAGAGGGAGGCACAACAACUAGAACUAAAUCAGGGACAGCACGAGCAGAAAGAGCAACAUAUAUUGCUUCAACCUGGCGAGCAGCAGCCUAUUGUUGUGAACGAACAGCAAGAACAGCAGGAUGUUGACCGAGCCAUGGAGCAUGGCACCGCAGAGCCACCGCAGGAACCUGAAGAUAGCCCGGCAACUGAGAUGGACAAUAGCGCAUAUCCUACGGAUGAACCAUCUUCAGCCAGUGAAAUUCCUGCUACUGGUGAUGGGCCAGGCAUGCAGGACUUGCCAGAAGCUGGCGAAGACAAUGCUACUGUAGAACCCGCUGAUGUUUCAUCCACUGAUUAUGAGCACGUUCAACAGGAACAGCAGCAGCAACAGCUAGAGACAGAACAACUAUCGAGGGAGCAGGAAGAGAAAGACCAGCUAUUGAGGGAGCAGGAAGAGAGAGACCAUCAACAGAGAGAACAGCUAUUGAGGGAGCAGGAAGAGAACGGCCAGAAACUGAGGGAGCAGGAAGAGAAAGACCAGCAGCAGAGAGAACAGCUAUUGAGAGAGCAGGAGCAAGAGCAACGAGAACAGGAGACAUUGAUGCACCAUGGAGAACAUCAGUCUCAGGAAGAGCUGGAUAGUACCCUUGCCGAACAACCAGCCGUUAACACAGAUCCUGAACCUCAGCACUCGGAGGAAACUCCAAUAGAUGACUCUUCUUCAACCAGCCAUUCUACUUAUGGUGGUGAAAGUAGUGAUGGAGAGGAGAUAGAAAUACCCGUGACGGAAGCCAUCCGACUAUUGCUGGAAUACAAUACGGGUGAUUGGCGUGUUGGUGCUGCUACUGUUGUGCUCGGUAUUCUGCCUCUCUUCUAUUUCUGCUGCUGUCGUGGCAGCAAGAAGAAAUCCCUUAUCGCCGAGAACAAACAGCUUGAGGAUGCGGUUGCACGUCUCAAGACUGCAGAGGCUGAAAUUCAGAACUCGCUGAAAAAGGCUGAGGACAAGGUUCGGUCACUGGAGACGGCGUACUCAACUGAGAAACAAUCCACAGCGGACCUGAGUAAGGAGAGCCGCGAGCUGAAGGCCUCAUUGACGCAGGCUACGUCCAAUGCUCAAAGCCUCAAUCAACAGUUGACUCGUGCACAGCAGUCAAACAAGGACUUGUCAGUAGCAUUGAAGCAGACUGAGCAAAAUGGCGCAGCAGACCGAGAGCAGUUGAUGCAAGUUGGACUGCAAUUUGCGGAGAUUCAAAAAGAUCUUGACCAGUGCCGAACCGAGCUUUCCCGACGUGCCGAGUCUGAGAGUCGCUUCAAAAGUCAGUUGUCUACAUUGAAUGAAGACUACCAUCAAGCAAAACUUCAGCUGUCAGAGGGACGCAAGCAAUGGACUACCGAAGUGGAGAAUCUGCAGACUCAGCUUCAACAGUCUCAAAGUGACUAUCAGACAAAUGCUGCAGCACUGCAGGAGAAAGCCAGAGAAGUCGAGGUUCUCCAGUCUUGCUUGAAAGAGUUGCGGAGCACUGAGGAUGGUGAUGCUCCUGAUGGUUCUCUCUUUGCUGAUAUAACCAACGUGUCCAAGGUUCAAUUACGUUUAGACACAGUCAAUGAAGAAUACACCCGUGCAGCCAAUGCACUUGCCGAGGAGAGUCAGCAAAGACAGACUGCUGAUGCUGCAAUGCAAGAUGCAACAACCCGACUAGCGUCACUUCAAGAUGCGUACGAUCAGCUCAAGCAAUUCCACCUCCAAACUGAGGCCAAACUGAACGCUUUGCAGGAGUACUUCCGCGUGAAGGAAGAGGGUCUCAACAAGGAGCUGAGCAUCGAGCGAGCAAAGAGUCACAACAUCGAGAGUCAGCAGGCAAGCAUCGAACUGAAAGCGAACCAAGCCAAGCAGGAUCAAGAAGACCAACGCAAGCAAAUGGCUAACAUGCGAAAGCAACUGGCUGACUCUGAGAAGUCUCUUUGGCAGCAAGUUCUUGUCAAUGAGCAAAGAGCCCAAGCUGCUCAGACUCGCUGCAUGCAGGUUGAAGAGCAGCUGCGGGACAUGAACUCGGAGAACACGUCCUUGAAAAGACGGCUUGAGGAGGCGGAAAGUCGACUGCAAGCUAAAUUCCCUCCACCGGUUGUACCAUCCGUUGUACCUAUUCGUCCUGGUAUGCCAAUGGGUGUUAGUGGACCUGUAAUUCCGAUUCGCCCUGCUGGAAGGCCGGCUGCUAUGGAUUCCUCUGCACAUGGUAGAUCAUCCAUGGACAUGGCACAUCGUGUCAAUCCUUCUCCGCCUGGGUCGGUACAUAGUGCAGGUGGUGGCAGCUCAAGAAUGCCACCUGUGCCCAUGGCCGGUCCAGGAAGUUUCCCAGCGCCACGACCAAUGCCGGUCAUGCCAAUUGCUCAGCCACCACCACCACAUGUAGGUAUGCACGCCCCGCGGCACUUUGCUCCCAUGGUUCAUCCGUCGGCUGCUGGAGGAAUGGCACGCCCACAACAAGCCCAAGCAGCGCAUUUCCUUCCACAGCAAGAAGUGGUACCAGGACGAGAAACAGGCAACCGUCCACCGAUGAAUCAGAGCUGGUCGCAAGAGUCAGGCUCUGUGACUGGAUCAAUGGGACCUGCAGCAGUCUCUGCACAACCAGCUGCUAGUUCAUCGUGGCAUCAUCCGCCUACUGGAAACGUCUCUGCUGCCGCUCCUUCAGGUGUUUCGCCCAUCACUGGGGGUCAGGGCGUGACUCCUCAGCAGAACCCACCACCGUCGUCGUCCUAUCCACAACCCCCGGGCCCCGUCUAGAAGAACGAUGUUUGCUGGAUCGCAUCUUGAAUUUUUGAAGUAUUUCCUGAAGGUGAAAGGAAGGCUUGUCCAGACUCAUGGGUAUUGUGACUUCCAAGAUUGAUUUGAUGUAUAUUUUAUUAUAACUGCUACUGCUGCUGCUGCUGCUAGGUGCUGAUAGUAGCUAAAUGAUCCUUGACUCUGCUUUGCAUCCAGCUGUUUCAGGGAGCAUAGGAAAUGCUUGUUAUGACUUCCCAGAUUUAUGACGUCCAAGUUUUUUCUUGAAACUCUCAUAUGGAAUUUGACCAGAGGAAUGCUACUGGUCCACGCUCUUCUGAAGCUAUUGAAAUUCCUGCUAGCAUCGUCCUAUUUAUUCUACAGUACUGGCUGUACUUGUGGAUGCUGUGUUUUUCAUUGCUUCUGUUUGUCCAUAUUCGGUGUGUAUGUGUGGGCAUGUGAUGUUUCACUCUGUGAACGCACAUGCCGCAUACAUUGAUUAUCGUUUUGGGCUUCUUGCUCUAUGUUUGUUUGUUUUUGUAUCAGUACUGUUGUUUUCUGUCCGUGUACAUUCGUUUACUGAGUCCAGUACUUGUACAUGCCAUUGUAUACUGUGUGCUGUGCAUGCAGUUGUUGCUCCCUGUCCUCGCCCGGAGUGUGUACUCAUAAGUAUGGUACAUGACUGUACAUGCGCUGGCUGUAUUGCCCUUUUGCCCAUUAUGCUGUUGCUACUGCAUGCUGUAGUGUAUUUGCUUACUCUGAUGUGACCAGUGGUCAUGUAUUCAUCUCACGGUUUGAUUUUUCAAAGUCGCGUAUCCAAUUCUCCCCGAAAUGAUUGUUUUCUACUUUCCUCUAUGUCAAGCAACGGCAAUAUCAGUACCAGUAUGAGUAUGUCACCUAUUUUGAUCUGGUGUUCAUGUACGUGUCCACUGCAACUGGUUGCAGUCAUGACAGCAUCUGCACAAUGACGUCAUGAUUAUUAUUCUA